AUUCCCAUCUUCACCGCGCUGCCGGUAACCGGUGCCGGUACCGCGGGCGAUCUCCGGUAACCCCGGGAGCGCCCCGGUGAUUCCCCCGUGCUCCGCAGGAGCUGCGCAAGAAGCUCUUCAAGCGGCGUCGGGAGCGGGCGCGGGGCCGGCGGCAGAAGCGGCGGGCGGCAGCGGCGGCGGCGGCCCCGGUGUGGGGGAAGCGGCAGCGGAAGGAGCUGAAGCGGCUGCGGCGGGGCGCUGCCGGCGCCCGGCGGCCGCGCGGAGACGGCGGCGGAGGCGGAGGGACGGCGGAGAUGGAGCCGUGACAGUGGAGACACCAAAGUGACACCGGAGACACCGGCGACAUCCUAGUGACACCAGUGACAUCCCAGUGACACCAGUGACGUCCCAGCGCUCCCAGUCCCUCGUGCUGCUCUCGCUGCUGGGCCUUGGCCGGAGCCACCUCGGUGUCCCCAGCGUGUCCCCAGUCCCUCCCAGUCUCUCCCAGUACCCCCCCAGUGUCCCCAGUCCCUGUCCCAGUGUCCCCAGUGUCCCCAAUAAAGCCGCUCUGUCUCUCUGUCCGUCCGUCCCUCCCCGUGUCCGUCUGUCCCGCGUGGGGGACCGGACCCCUUUUCCGGUAACACCGCCGGGCACCGGGAGAGGGGCGGAACCCCCGCGCGCGGCCGCAGCGCUGGGAGGGGCAUUUCCGGCGUGGGCGCUGCCCGCGCAUGCGCAGCCGCCCUCGCCCCCCCCCCCCCGGCCGCCGCCGACAUGUCGGCGCUGUGCGACCCCCCCGGGGCCACCGGCGGUGCCCGGGUCCCGCUCAGCGCGCAGGAGCUGUCGCAGGAGGUGAAGGCGUUCCUGAGCGGGCUGGACCCGGCGCAGGGCACGCCGCUGUCGCCGGCGGCGCAUGCCCGCUGCGCGCUGCGGCUGCUGCGCUGCCUGCCCCCGGCGCGCCACGCCGCGCUGCAGCACCUGCGCGGGCUGUUCGAUGAGCAGGUCUGCGCCCACCUGCUGCAGCGCGAGGCCGGCGCCGCCAACGCCGCCAGCGCAGCCUCGCCGGGCGCCGAGGCGCUGCAGGAAGCGAGGCGGGCGCUGGCCGAGCUGGUGGCCGCCAACCCGCGGGCGUGGGCGCCCGGCGUGGCCGCCUGGGCCAGCGAGCUGAUGGGGCAGCUGAGCAGCAAGUACGCGGGCCGGCCCGGCGUGCCGCCCGCCGCCAGCCUCAACGAGCUGCUGCAGCUGUGGAUGGCGUGCCCGGCCACGCGGGCGCUGCUGGACAUCUACAGCCAGUGCCUGGCCGCCAUGGCCGGCAGCUGCCCCGACGCCUGCGUGGACGCGCUGCUGGACACCUCGGUGCAGCACUCGCCGCACUUCGACUGGGUGGUGGCGCACGUCGGCUCCUCCUUCCCCGCCACCAUCAUCAGCCGCGUGCUGUCCUGCGGCCUCAAGGACUUCUGCGCCCACGGCGGCGGCGGCGGCGAGGCGGCGGCGCUCGGCGACAAGCGCGCGCCCAAGAUGGCCUCGGUGGUCGGCAUCCUGGGGCACCUGGCGUCGCGGCACGCCGGCAGCAUCAAGCAGGAGCUGCUGCGGAUGUUCCACGAGAGCCUGGGCUCGUCGCGCGAGCACCACAAGGCCACGGUGCCCUUCCUGCUGCAGCUGGCGCUGCUGUCGCCGGCGCUGCUGGCCACGGUGUCGGCCGAGCUGGUGGACGCGCUGCAGCCGCCGGUGCUCAACCAGCUGCACCAGCACUUCUCGGCGCUGCCCCGCGACGAGCUGGAGGCCACGGCGGGCGUGGCGGUGCACCUGCUGUGCCACGCCUCGGCCGGCGCGCUGCGGACGCUGCGCUUCCUGCUGGCCACCGCCGCGCCCGCCUCCGUCAUCGCCGCGCCGGGGCCGGCGCUGCGCGAGGGCGUGCGGGAGGCCUGCGAGCGCCUGCUGCAGCUGCUGCUGCUGCACCUGCAGAAGUUGGUGCAUGGCCGCGGCGCCGCCGGCCCCGCCGAGGCGGGCGCCAGGCCGGUGCCGUUCCUGGAGGCGCUGCGGCCGCACGUGCGCGAGCUGUGCCAGGACGCGCUGCGGCUGGAGCGGCGCCGCGGGCUGUGGCAGCAGCAGCUGCUGGCGCUGCUGGCGGUGCACUCGGCGCCGCACGGCGCGGCCGAGGCGCUCUUCUUCCUGCUGGCGCUGGCCCGCACGCCCGAGGAGCUGGCGCUGGCGCCGCAGCUGCGCGCCGGGCUGCGCGCCGUGCUGCCCGACCCGCUGCCCGCCGCCGUGGCCGCCGCCGUGGCGCAGAUCCACGCCGGCCGCCUGCCCGAGCCGCAGCUGGCGCAGCUCCUGCGCAACCUGGCGCUGCUGCUGCAGCCGCGCGAGCCCGAUGGCGAGCCGGGCGAGCCGGCGCUGGGCGCGGCGCUGGCGCGGCACCUGCCCGACCUGGCGCAGCUGCUGCUGCACCCGCGGGCCGAGGUGGCGGAGGCGGCGUGCCGGCUGCUGGCCGCCUGCCCGCUGCCGGCGGCGCUGCCGCCGGCGCAUCUCCUGCCAGCCGUGCGCGCCGCCGUGCGCCGAUUCGCCGGGCUGCGCCAGGGCGACGCGGCCGCGUGCCGGCGGCCGGGUGCCAGGCUGCUGGCGCGGCUCAGCGCCGUCAGCCCCGCCGCCGCCAAGGCCGUGCUGCGCAGGCUGGUGGAGGCCGCGCUGGGCGGCCGCGACGCCGAACUCUUCGGCGGCCGACGCCGAGCGGACGGGCGCGACGGCACCGCCGCGGCCUCCACCGCCGCGCCGACCGCAGCGUCGCUGCUGGACGACAACCGGCGCCUCACCGCUGGCCCCAACGCCGCCGGCGGCGUGUGGUCGGUGUUCCACGCCGGCGUCAUCGGCCGCGGGCCCAAGCCGGCGGGCGGCACGGCGCGGCGCAGCGCCGAGGAGCUGAGCCGCAACACGCAGGCCUUCCUCAGCCUGGUGCUGCGCUGCUGCCGCGGCACCGGCCCCGCCGUGGGCGCCGAGGCCGCCAAGGCGGUGGCGGCGGCGCUGGUGGAGGCCGUGUGCCCCGAGGCCGCUGGCGCCGAGCUGGCCUGGCCGCCCGAGGAGCUGGCGCGGGCCACGGUGGAGCGGGACCUGCGCAUCCUGCGGCGGUUCCGCCGGCACCCGCUGCUGUUCCCGCUGCUCCGGCUGGUGGCCGGCGGCCGCCCGGCGCUGUGCUACUGCUCCGUGCUGCUCCGCGGGCUGCUGGCCGGGCUGGUGGCGCACUGGGACGCGUGCCGGGCCGGCAGCACCGCGGCCUCGCCCUGGCACCUGCGGGCGUCGUGCGCGCUGGUGGCGCUGCUGGCCGAGGGCUCUUUGCUGCCGCCGGUGCUGGGCAACAUGCACGAGCUGUUCCCAGAGCUGGCGCCCUUCGAGGUGCACCUGCUGCUCCUCAGCGUUUGGGGCUACCUGCGCGACAACAGCCCCCUGCCCCAGAAAUUCACCUUCCAGCCCCGCCUCGGCGCCUUCCGACGCGACUUCGGCCGCGACGCCGACCUGGGCAAGCACCUGGCCGUGCUGCACAGCGUGCUGCACCGAAACAUCCACCGGCUGGGGCGGCUGGCCGCCAGGUUCUACCCGUGAGCGGCAUCCGAAAAGCGGUUUUGGGGGUUUGGGGGGCGGCGGGCACCUGGAGUUGGAGUUUGUGAAAUAAAGGACGUGCAAAGGA